GCCUGCGGCGGCCGGCGGCGGUCAUGGGAGCGGGCUGGCGGCGGCCGUAGCUGUGCGAGCCUGGGCCUCAGCCUCCCGGAGCCCAGAGGGCGGGUGGGGUGGGCCGGGCCGGGCCGGGCCGGGCGGUGGCGGCGCCACUUCGCCGCUCCCGCCCUCGGAGUCCUGAGGGAGCUCCCGGCGGACGAGCGGACCCGGCGGCGCGAAUCUGACUGAGGGGCGGGGACGCCGCCUGCUCCUCUCCGCUCCCCCGGGCCGGGCCGGCCCCUCGGACAGCCGCAGGCCCGGGACCCGCGCCCAGACCCGAAGCCGGAGCUAGAGGCGGGCGGUGGGCCCGGGCGGAGCCCCGCCUGGAGCCGUCGGUUCGGGGGCGGCGCUAGGCCCCGAGGCGGCCGGGCCGCAGCACGGGGAGCGGCAGUGCGGCCCGGAGGCGGCGGCAUGAGCCGGCCCGCGCCGACGGGGAAAAUGCCCGGCGCCCCCGAGGCCGUGCCGGGGGACGGGGCGGGCGCGAGCCGCCAGAGGAAGCUGGAGGCGCUGAUCCGAGACCCGCGCUCGCCCAUCAACGUGGAGAGCCUGCUGGAUGGCUUAAAUUCCUUGGUCCUUGAUUUGGAUUUCCCUGCUUUGAGGAAAAACAAGAAUAUAGAUAAUUUCUUAAAUAGAUAUGAGAAAAUUGUGAAAAAAAUCAGAGGUCUACAGAUGAAAGCAGAAGACUAUGAUGUUGUAAAAGUUAUUGGAAGAGGUGCUUUUGGUGAAGUCCAGUUGGUUCGUCACAAGGCGUCACAGAAGGUUUAUGCUAUGAAGCUUCUUAGUAAGUUUGAAAUGAUAAAGAGAUCAGAUUCUGCUUUUUUCUGGGAAGAAAGAGAUAUUAUGGCCUUCGCCAACAGUCCCUGGGUGGUUCAGCUCUUUUGUGCCUUUCAAGAUGAUAAAUAUCUGUACAUGGUAAUGGAGUACAUGCCUGGUGGAGACCUUGUAAACCUUAUGAGUAACUAUGAUGUACCUGAAAAAUGGGCCAAAUUUUAUACUGCUGAAGUUGUUCUUGCUCUGGAUGCCAUACACUCCAUGGGUUUAAUUCACAGAGAUGUGAAACCUGACAACAUGCUCUUGGAUAAACAUGGACAUCUAAAAUUAGCAGAUUUUGGCACAUGUAUGAAGAUGGAUGAAACAGGCAUGGUACAUUGUGAUACAGCAGUUGGAACACCUGAUUAUAUAUCACCUGAGGUUCUGAAAUCACAAGGGGGUGAUGGUUACUAUGGGCGAGAAUGUGAUUGGUGGUCUGUGGGUGUUUUCCUUUUUGAGAUGCUAGUGGGGGAUACUCCAUUUUAUGCAGAUUCACUUGUAGGAACAUACAGCAAAAUUAUGGAUCAUAAAAACUCGCUAUGUUUCCCUGAAGAUGCAGAAAUUUCUAAACAUGCGAAGAAUCUCAUCUGUGCCUUCUUAACAGAUAGGGAGGUACGACUUGGGAGAAAUGGGGUGGAAGAAAUCAAACAACAUCCUUUCUUUAAGAAUGAUCAAUGGAAUUGGGAUAACAUAAGAGAGACGGCAGCUCCUGUAGUACCUGAGCUCAGCAGUGACAUAGACAGCAGCAAUUUUGAUGACAUUGAAGAUGAUAAAGGAGAUGUAGAAACCUUCCCAAUUCCUAAAGCGUUUGUGGGAAAUCAGCUGCCUUUUAUAGGAUUUACGUACUACAGAGAAAAUUUGUUAUUAAGUGACUCUCCAUCUUGUAGAGAAAAUGAUUCAGUACAAUCAAGGAAAAAUGAAGAGAGUCAAGAGAUUCAGAAAAAACUAUACACAUUAGAAGAACACCUUAGCACUGAGAUACAAGCCAAAGAGGAACUAGAGCAGAAGUGCAAAUCUGUUAAUACUCGCCUAGAGAAAGUAGCAAAGGAGCUAGAAGAAGAGAUUACCUUAAGGAAAAAUGUGGAAUCAGCAUUGAGACAAUUAGAAAGAGAAAAAGCACUUCUUCAGCACAAAAAUGCAGAAUAUCAGCGGAAAGCUGAUCAUGAAGCAGACAAGAAACGAAAUUUGGAAAAUGAUGUUAACAGUUUAAAAGAUCAACUUGAAGAUUUGAAAAAAAGAAAUCAGAACUCUCAAAUAUCCACUGAGAAAGUGAAUCAACUCCAGAGACAACUGGAUGAAACCAAUGCUUUGCUGCGAACAGAAUCUGAUACUGCAGCCCGGUUAAGAAAAACCCAGGCAGAAAAUUCAAAACAGAUUCAGCAGCUGGAAUCCAACAAUAGAGAACUACAAGAUAAAAAUUGCCUGCUGGAGACUGCCAAGUUAAAACUUGAAAAGGAAUUUAUCAAUCUUCAGUCAGUUCUAGAAUCUGAAAGGAGGGACCGAACCCAUGGAUCAGAGAUAAUUAAUGAUUUACAAGGUAGAAUAUCUGGCCUAGAAGAAGAUUUUAAGAGUGGCAAAAUCUUAUUAGCAAAAGUAGAGAUGGAGAAGAGACAACUACAGGAGAGAUUUACUGAUUUGGAAAAGGAAAAGAACAACAUGGAAAUAGAUAUGACAUACCAACUAAAAGUUAUACAGCAGAGCUUAGAACAAGAAGAAGCUGAACAUAAGGCUACAAAAGCACGGCUGGCAGAUAAAAAUAAGAUUUAUGAAUCCAUUGAAGAAGCUAAAUCAGAAGCCAUGAAAGAAAUGGAGAAAAAGCUCUUGGAGGAAAGGACUUUAAAACAGAAAGUGGAGAACCUGUUGCUGGAAGCUGAGAAAAGAUGCUCUAUAUUAGACUGUGACUUCAAACAGUCACAGCAGAAAAUAAAUGAACUCCUUAAACAGAAAGAUGUGCUAAAUGAGGAUGUUAGAAACUUGACAUUAAAAAUAGAGCAGGAAACUCAGAAGCGCUGCCUCACACAAAAUGACUUGAAGAUGCAAACACAGCAAGUUAACACACUAAAGAUGUCAGAAAAGCAGUUAAAACAAGAGAAUAAUCAUCUCAUGGAAAUGAAAAUGAGCUUGGAAAAACAGAAUGCUGAACUUCGAAAAGAACGUCAAGAUGCAGAUGGGCAAAUGAAAGAGCUCCAAGAUCAGCUUGAAGCAGAGCAGUAUUUCUCAACCCUUUAUAAAACACAGGUUAGGGAACUUAAAGAAGAAUGUGAAGAAAAGACCAAACUUUGUAAAGAAUUACAGCAGAAGAAACAGGAAUUACAGGAUGAAAGAGACUCCUUGGCAGCUCAACUGGAGAUCACCUUGACCAAAGCAGAUUCUGAGCAGCUGGCUCGUUCAAUUGCUGAAGAACAAUAUUCUGAUUUGGAAAAAGAGAAAAUCAUGAAAGAGCUGGAGAUCAAAGAGAUGAUGGCUAGACACAAACAGGAACUCACUGAAAAAGAUGCUACAAUUGCAUCUCUUGAAGAAACUAAUAGGACACUAACUAGUGAUGUUGCCAAUCUUGCAAAUGAGAAAGAAGAAUUAAAUAACAAAUUGAAAGAUGCCCAAGAGCAACUCUCAAGGUUGAAAGAUGAAGAGAUAAGUGCAGCAGCUAUCAAAGCACAAUUUGAGAAGCAACUGUUAACAGAGAGAACACUCAAAACUCAAGCUGUGAAUAAGUUGGCUGAAAUCAUGAAUCGAAAAGAACCUGUCAAGCGUGGUAGUGACACAGAUGUGCGGAGAAAAGAGAAGGAGAAUAGAAAGCUUCAUAUGGAGCUUAAAUCUGAACGUGAAAAGUUGACCCAGCAGAUGAUCAAGUAUCAGAAAGAACUGAAUGAGAUGCAGGCUCAAAUAGCUGAAGAGAGCCAGAUUCGAAUUGAACUGCAGAUGACACUGGACAGUAAAGACAGUGACAUUGAGCAGCUGCGGUCACAGCUCCAGGCCUUGCACAUUGGUCUGGAUAGUUCCAGUAUAGGCAGUGGACCAGGGGAUGCUGAGGCAGAUGAUGGGUUUCCAGUUCAUAUCACUCAGUCACACACUAUGGAAUCCAUGUCAUUCACCUACCAACGUUCCUCUACUUCUCUCAAUAUUGCCACUAAGCCUUCCAGUUCUCAUAUGCUCCUUGACUCUGAUUCUGACUCAGAAGAAGAAUCUUUGCCCUACUUACCUAUUUCAUCGGAACCUAAUGGUACAGAAUCAAGACUAGAAGGAUGGCUUUCAUUGCCUGUGCGAAACAACACUAAGAAAUUUGGAUGGGUUAAAAAGUAUGUGAUUGUAAGCAGUAAGAAGAUUCUUUUCUAUGACAGUGAACAAGAUAAAGAACAAUCUAAUCCUUACAUGGUUUUAGAUAUAGACAAGUUAUUUCAUGUCCGACCAGUUACACAGACAGAUGUAUAUAGAGCAGAUGCUAAAGAAAUUCCAAGGAUAUUCCAGAUUCUGUACGCUAAUGAAGGAGAAAGUAAGAAGGAACAAGAAUUUCCAGUGGAGCCAGUGGGAGAAAAAUCAAAUUAUAUUUGCCACAAGGGACAUGAAUUUAUUCCUACUCUCUACCAUUUCCCAACCAACUGUGAGGCUUGUAUGAAGCCACUGUGGCAUAUGUUUAAACCUCCUCCUGCUUUAGAGUGUCGUCGCUGCCAUAUUAAAUGUCAUAAAGAUCACAUGGACAAAAAGGAGGAGAUUAUAGCACCUUGCAAAGUGUAUUAUGAUAUUUCAACGGCAAAGAAUCUAUUGUUAUUAGCAAAUUCUACAGAAGAGCAACAAAAGUGGGUUAGUAGGUUGGUGAAAAAGAUACCUAAAAAGCCUCCAGCUCCAGACCCUUUUGCACGGUCAUCUCCUAGAACUUCAAUGAAGAUACAACAAAACCAGUCUAUUAGGCGGCCAAGUCGACAGCUUGCCCCAAACAAACCAAGUUCUGGCCCUGCCCUUCGAAUCAUUCUUCAUUGAUUUUUUUAAUACAUUUUGCAUAGCAACAAUUGCUUGAUUUGGCAUUUAAAGACUGGGAUUGGUCAUUUGAUGAUAUUGAUGGUGAUGAUGAUGGCGAUGUUUUUGAUUUCUGAAGAAAUAAAUGGGCUAACUGCCUUCUAUGAAUGCAGUCAUUAUUCAAGGUGAUCAUAUUCUUCCAGUUAAAACAAGACUGAAAUAUGAUGGCCCAAAAUUUAUUAAAAAGCUAUAUUUUCCUGAGAGACUGAUACACACACACACACACACACACACACACACACACACACGUUCCCUUUACUCCUGCAAUAUAAAUUAUAAAUCUUGGAGAGAUUUUCUGGGCUCCUUUGGAACAGCAAGUUGAACCAAUAGUGAUUGGUUAAUAGAGUAAGAAUAUCAUAUGCAACUCCUCCAAACUCGUUCCAUAAAGCUCUCUUGGCAGUCACUCACACUACAUUGCACAAAAGGAUUGAGAAGAGUUAAAGUUUAAAGAAAUCAUCUUUUCAGCUUCAACGGAGAGAUUUCACCAGCACAUUUACCAGAAGAAUCUGGGAAUGGAUUCCACUACAGUGAUAUAGACUGCAUCUUUAAGAAGUGACCAUUAUACUGUGUGUGUCUGUAUAUAUAUAUACAGACACACACACAUAUAUAUAGUACUGUAAUACUGCAAGAGGGUUUUUUUAAACUUCCCACUUUAUUUUUUUACACACAUUAAUCAGAUAUCAUUACUUACUGCAGUUGCGACUAUGCACUUGUAUAAAGCCAUAAUGUUGGAGUUUCUGUCAUUCGUGUACCUGAUGGAAGCUGCAUGUUCGUGUUUAGGCAGUUACUGUAACAAUAAGUUUGAAGUUAAUUAUAUCAGUUUCCUAAUGCUUCAUGAUAGGUAACUUUACCCAUUUUGAACGCCUUAAUUUAAUUUUUUUCAAAGUUUCAACCCUUUUCUGUAUUUUAAAAAAAGAACAAGUGUUUACCAGCUCUUAGAAUGCAAAUUUGCUUUGCAGAAGAAAAUUAGUGCACUAUUUUUACACAUAAUAGUUAUCAGUGUCAGCCUAUUUUGAUUGUAUAACAGAAUUUUUUUUAAGUAUUGGUGAUAGAAACAAUAAUGGAUAGUAUUGGAACUAAUAUAUCGUUUAUGUAUAUCUAUUAUUCAUCCAGCCCUUUUUACAGACCUCAGUAUUAGUGUGUGACUACAAAACGUUUCUUUGCUUUGAAUUUGCUGGCUACCCUAGAUGUGUUUUUAUUUCUGGAAAAGACAUUUGUGACUAUUUUUACAUUUUCACACUCAAGAUUCAAAAAUUAUCUCAAAUAUAAAGAAAACUAAGACAUACUGUAGAUCUAUUUUAAAUAUUUAAAUGUGAGCCCUUAAACACACAACUGUGUAUGGCAAUAUUUCAGUAUUGGGUUAAGAAAACUGGUGACUGGGAAGAAGUGGCCUCAAAGGCACUUACCUUGAUUUUUAUUUUUUAAAUGCUGGUAAGUUACAGUUUAUGCAGGACCGUUCCUGCUGUAUUUCUCAUUAUCCCAGAAAAAUGUAUAUUUUAUACUGCUUCAGUAUGCAUCAAUGAUAAGCAUCAAGUAAAAAAAAAUUAUGUAGUCUUUUAUCAGUCUCUCUUCAUAUACAUGCACAGAGUUUGGUAUGAUAUUGAAAUACAUUAUUAAUAUUUCAAUGAAGGAAGUAGACCUUUUUCAUUGAUUCCUUCUGGGAUCAGUGGAGAGAUAUUUAAAGAGUUAGGUCCCCAGUUAUAGAUACUAUUGUGGAAAUUGAAGAGUGGCCAUGGCCUACUGAUGUACUGAACGUGAAUCUUGUUGUUCUUACAUUAUCCAGUCUGCACUCUUUCAUGCUGUCUGUGCUAAAACUAGAUAUGCAUGCCAUUUCCCUUGCAGGUGUGUUCUGCAGUUCUGGUUUUGGGGCACAGCUGUUUUUUUUUUUUUAAGAUUAAAAAAUGAAAAUAUAUAAAAUUUAUAUAGAAUAAAUAUUUCCAUUCAUUAGACUUGUUCAAAGGAGACUGAAUUAAUAUUUUAUAUAAAGAUUUUGUUACACUAUGGGAGGUUCUAUCAUAUUAUCUGAAUUGGAGAGUAUAUAUAUAUAUUUUUAAUAAACUUUAUUAAGGUGAAAUAAUUGAAGUUUACACAUGAGUAAUUGAAAUAUUUGAGUAAAAAUGGCAAAAGUUUAAAUUUUGAAUGCUGUAUAUAUUAGGGAAAAUGGAGAAUCAUGGUGUGAUACAACUAUACAAGGAAAAUUAAUGUGAAGUUUUUUUGGGGAAAAAAGAUAUUCUAAGGGGUGAAAAAAAUCUCUCCCAUGGAGAUUCUUCACAUUAUAUAGUUUGACCUAAGGGUUUAUAAGGUUGUUGGUCCAACUAGUGGAAAUGCGCUUAAUAAAAAAUUCUAACCUUGGGUAAGAAUUUGCUUUUUACCCUGUUGCUCGUUUCAUGUACAUACAUGAGUGCAUGCACCUAUCCAAAUGUUCUCUUCCCAACCCUCAUUAAAUAUGAAAUGGACUUGGCUUAACAACCUGAUUUUGUGCCAGCUUCUCUUUUUCUUGAGGCUCCAAAGCUUCCAAGAUAAAUAUAAAACCAAAAAUUUCUUCACACCUGAUUUCUCCUAGAGCCAUAAAUACCUCCUAUUAAGAACUAAGAAGUAGUGAGUACUGGGAUUUUCUUAGUUGGAUUUUUUUACUUUUGUUUUGUGGGGAUAGCGAGACAGAAGUAGAAGGAAAACUUGCCGGUUUUACUGUUAACACUUAAUGUAUAGUGAAUUUUUGAAAAGUAUUAAUUAAAAAACAUGCUAUCUAGAAGCAAGAUUAAAAAAAAAAUCUAUCUGAAAGUUUAAAAUGCUCUAGCUAACUAAGGGAUAAGUAUACCAAUAAAUCUAAAAUAAAGGUUUGGGUUUUUAAAACUAACCUGUGCUCGAGUUAUACAAACCUGGCUCUGAAGGAUCUCCUUUUAUCAGCUUAUCUUUAGAUCCUCAAGAAGAAAUACUCUAGCUUGCCAAACCACAAUUUAAGAAGUUAUGCUGCUGUUGUUAAUCUAGGAUUCUGGUGGUAAAACAGAGAAACUUAGACACUAUAUUACUUUAUUGAAACGUGCUUUAAAUAAGGUUUAAAAUCCGAUGAGAGCAAGUUACUUCUGAGUUUCUCAGUCUGUGUUGACACUGCUACUGACUCACCUUUCCUCCCUAGAAUAAGGCUUCAUUUUCCCUGUGUUGUGAAGAUACCAUAGUUGAUUUGUAAAGCACUUUGAAGAUAAGCACUGUAUGACAGUGCUGAAUAUUAUGCUUGGGGGGCCUCUCCUUGAUUCCUUUCCCCAUAAUAAUGAAUUUUGUUUGGAAUUGUAAUAAAUUAUGAAAUGCAUGGUUUAGAUAAUCAUAAAUAUUUGAUCAGCUGUCCCCUUUGAACAAAAUCGUAUCCCUGAUUUUUCUUUUUUUAAUUUUGUUGCAUCUUUGUAGUAAUGUAAUUGUAUUUUAUGCCUGCUUUUUAUAUUAAAAAUUAAAUAAAAGAAAUUGACAUAA